UAUAUAACCCCGGCCCGCAUGAGCGCCGCACCUCUGACAGCCCGGUCAGUGCGCGACCCCGGCUCGGCGGACCGCUUGGCUCCCGCGCACGAUGCUGCUGCUGCCUGCGCUCCUGGUCCUCGCUGCGGUUCGGCCCCUGGCCCGCCCAGAGACCCAUUGGUGCUAUGAGGUUCAAGCCAAGGCCAGUAGUGACUCUGCCUGCUUGGGGCCAGACCAGUGGGGUGGCAGUUGCCAGAAGGACCGCCAGUCCCCUAUCAACAUUGACACCACCAAGGUGAAGGUAGACUCAAGCCUGAUAAGCUUCUCCUUCUCUGGCUAUGACAAGAAGCACAAGUGGACCAUCCGAAACAAUGGGCACUCAGUGAUGGUGAUGCUGGGGAACACGGUUACACUCUCUGGAGGAGGACUGCCUGCCCGCUACCAGGCCACGCAGCUGCAUCUACACUGGUCCAUGGUGCUGGAUGCGGGCUCAGAGCACAGCCUCAAUGGUGAACGCUUCGCCAUGGAGAUGCACAUAGUACAUCAGAAAGACAAGGAGACGCGGAAGGAGGAGCAGAACUCUGGAGACGAGAUCGCUGUACUGGCUUUUCUGGUGGAGGAAGGAUCCCAGGUGAAUAAUGGCUUCCAGCCCCUGGUGGAGGCACUGUCUGCCGUCCCCACUCCUGAGAUGGAGACCACAAUGAGAGAGAGCAGUCUGUGGGACCUGCUCCCCAAGGAAGAGAACCUGAGGCACUACUUCCGCUACAUGGGCUCGCUCACCACGCCCAACUGCGACGAGACGGUUGUGUGGACAGUGUUCCAGGAGCGCAUUAAGCUCCGCAAAGAUCAGAUCUUGGCAUUCUCCAGAAACCUGUACUACGACUCGGAGCGGAGCCUGAACAUGACGGACAACGUCAGGCCCGUGCAGCGCAUUGGGCAGCGCACAGUGUUCACGUCCCAGGCCUCGGGACAGCUGCUGCCCUGGUCCCUGCCUGCCUUGCUGGUCCCCACGUUAAUCUGCCUGAUGGCUGGUCUCUGAUGAUGGCUUCCUUGACACAUGACUCUGACCUCAGCCCUUGGAGGGCGUGGGCUUCAUUUCUUAGGCUUCUCGGGCUGGACUUUGGAGAUGAUUAAAAUAUUGAUAUAUUUUUGGACACAC